AAAUUUCUUUUAAAAGAAAUUUAAAUAUUUAGUGAAUUUUGAUAAAAGUUGAUAAAAGUUUUAGAAAAAAAUAUUUGUUAUAUAAAAACGUGCUAAUUUCAACAUUCCGUAAAUGAUAUCAAAGGCCUUUGUAAAUGUUAUAAUUAUGUGCUUUAUCGCAUAAAAUAUUUUAAAACAAUAAAAAUUAUUUUUUCAUUAAUGUAAAAUGAGAUUUAACUUUCAUUCCACAAUGAUUGGCAGUGAAUAAAAAGGUGAGAGCAAUUUUAGACGAAUGUCAAAACUUAUUUUUAUACUGAACCGAAAUAUUGGAGAAAUCGACAGAAAAAAUGGGUCGAUGUCUUGCUACCAUUCUUCUAGCUGUUUUUGUGCCAUUAUUAAUGGAAAAUUCCAUAUUUUCAUUAGCAAAUGAAGAAAACAUAUUCGCGGAUGAUAAAAUAAUAUCUAAGACAGAGGCAAAUUAUACAUGGACAGAUGGAACCGUUAAAAUGCACGAGAAAAAUAUAACUUAUCGUCAUCCUGGUCAUGAAGACGCUUAUAGGAUAAUAAAAAACAUUGUUUGGAAUAACAAAACUAAAUCAAAUCAGAUCAAUGACACAUACAAGGACAGCGAUGGUAAAACAAUUACAGAGAUUACAAAAUCAAACGAGUAUAGUGAUGAAACCAAAUCACAUCAGACAAAACAUAUAGAAAUACUGCCUGAUGGUACAGUUAAUGAGAAGGAGAAUCUUACGUUGCCUGAAGUCGAAGUAAAACAGGAUAAAUUUAUAAAAGGAACUCCUAAAACUCUACAAUGAUUUACAAUUGCAAUUAUUAAAAUAGAAUUCAAUGUAAAACUUUUAUUUUUAUACGUAUAUUAAAUUGUAUAAUAAGUUUGAUAAUGUUAAUGAAAUUAAAAAGAUUAUAAAAAAUAAAAAGUGACAAUAUA